GAUAUGGACAUUUUGCCGGUGAAUUUCAAAGUCUUAUGGUUUUGUGGCGCAUGGAAAGAGCGGAAGAACGAUAACUUCGUUCUUGGUUGUCUACAUUUUUGUUACAAGUACGCAAUCUUCUUCCUGAUAUAUGUAUUUACAAUAUUCGAGAUAAUAGAAGUGAUUCGCACGCGUGAUCAAAUUGAUGAGUUAACCGAAGGACUCUUCUUAGCAUCGACUCAUAUAACAUUGUGUCUAAAAUACACAAAUUUUUUGUUACGAAAGAAAGAUGUGUCAGAAUUAUUAGAUUGUCUGCGUGUAAAAGUGUGCCAACCAAAGAAUUCGACAGAAAAGAUGAUAAUAAAAAUGCAUAUUCGAAAAGCAAAAUGGAGCACACUUUCCUUCUUAAUCAUGUCGUAUACCACUGCUAUGGGCUUCGUGAUCGCGCCGAUUAUUCUGGGAUUGAGCAAGAAUGAAUGGAUCUUGCCCACAAAAUCGUACGUCCCCUACUCUACUUCGGAAACGUUACCAUAUGUGGCGACGUAUUUACAACAAAUUGCAUCGUUGUUUUAUGCAAUUAUGCUCAACGUUUCAUUCGACUCUCUCGUUUACGGUUUUACAAUUCAUGCUUGUGGACAGAUCGAGUUAAUAUGUUGUCGAUUGACAAAUAAUAUUAGAGGCUCGGUAAAUUUCCAAAAAGAUUCAGAUUCAACUGCAUCGAUUGAAGAAUGCGUGAGGCAUCAUAUACUAGUGCAUACUUUAGUGAAGAAAGUAGGAGCGCUAUUCAUCUGGACAGUCAUGGUUCUCUUCUUUUUCAGUCUGAUUAUUCUCUGCACCAGCAUUUUCUUGAUAUCAAAGACAAAACUCUUUAGCAUCGAGUUUCUUUCUUUAACACUAUAUUUUAGCAGUAUGAUGCUGCAGAUAUUUUUUUACUGUUGGUAUGGAAAUGAGCUUGAGUUGAAGAGCAAAAGUAUUGCGAAUAGUAUUUACUUUAGCAAUUGGACAUUGACCACAUCGUAUGAGCGUAGAUCUUUGAUACUUAUUAUGAUAAACAGUCAAAAAGGAUUAACAUUUUCCAAUAACAAAAUAUUUGCAUUAUCUCUAGACACUUUUACCUGGAUUUUUAAAACGUCUUAUUCAGCUUUUAAUCUCCUGCAGCAAGCAUCGAAUCAACUUGAUAAUACGUUUUGCCAUCUUCUGCCACAGUGCGAAUUGCAUGCCUUGUUAAGUUGCUUUCGUGUCAAGAUCUGUCAGCCAAGAGAUUUUGCCGAGAAAUUGAUACUGAAGCAAUACGAUCGCAAAGCUAAAGGAAUCGUCUGUUUCUACAUGCUCAUGUGUCAAACAACGGGUUUAAUGUUUAUGAUAAUGCCUCUAUUAAUUCCGGACGAAAAAUCUUUACCGUUCAAAACGUACAUACCAUACUCCAUCACAACGUUACUUCCUUAUGUGUUAACUUAUCUUCAGCAAAGCGCAACUUUAAUUUAUGGAAUAUUAUUAAAUGUCUCUUUGGACUCCCUCGCGUAUGGUUUCAUUAUUCAUACCUGCGGACAAAUUGAAUUGUUGUGCUAUCGAUUGACAGAAAUAUUUCAAUUCCUUCAAGAAAAUAAUAAAAAAAAUGCAUACGCCAUUGAAAGCUUCGCUAUCGCAGAAUGCGCGAAACAUCAUAUUUUAGUUUAUGACAUCAUAUACAGAAUAGAAUCAUUAUUUAUGUGGAAUGUUGCUGCUUUAUUCUUCUUCAGUCUCAUCACUCUUUGUACCAACAUUUAUCAGAUGUCAAAAAAAGAGCUCUUUGGCCCGGAAUUUUUCAGUUUUAUCCUGUAUUUAGGAUCAAUGAUGUUCCAAAUAUUUACAUAUUGCUGGUAUGGCAAUGAGCUUGACUUGAAGAAUAAAAAUAUUGCAUAUGCUAUUUAUGCAAGCAACUGGAUGACAAUAUCAACAAAACAACGUAAAAAUUUGUUGCUCAUGAUGAUGAUGAGCCAGAAAGGAAGGAUACUUUCUUUCUAUGGAAUUUGUGCGCUAAUUCUUAGCAGUUUCACAUGGAUUAUAAAAACGUCUUACUCUGCUUUCAAUUUGUUGCAACAAUCUUCGAAUUACACAGCUAUGGACAUUUUACCGGUGAACUUUAAAGUUUUAUGGUUUUGUGGCGCAUGGAAAGAACAAGAGGACGAUAACAUCAUUCUUAGUUGUUUACAUUUCUGUUACAAGUAUGCAAUCUUCUUCCUAAUAUAUGAAUUUACGAUAUUCGAGGUGAUAGAACUGAUUCGCAUGCGUGAUCGAAUCAAUGAGUUAACGGAAGGACUCUUUUUGGCAUCAACUUAUAUAACAUUGUGUCUCAAAUAUGCGAAUUUUUUGCUACGAAAGAACGAUGUGUCAGAGGUGUUGGAUUGUCUGCGCGUGAAAUUGUGUCAACCGAGAAAUUCGACAGAAAAGAUAAUAAUAGAGACGCAUAAUCGAAAAGCUAAGUGGAGCACACUUUCCUUUUUAAUCAUGUCGCAAGCUACUGCUGUGGGCCUCGUUAUGGCACCGAUUCUGGGACUUGGCAAGGGCGAAUGGUUUCUGCCCACGAAAUCGUACGUUCCCUAUUCCAUUUCGGAAAUAUUCCCUUAUGUGGCGACAUACCUACAACAAGCUGCAGCGCUGUUUUAUGCAAUCAUGCUCAAUGUUUCAUUCGAUUCUCUCGUUUAUGGUUUCACAAUUCACGCCUGCGGACAGAUAGAGUUAAUUUGUAGCCGAUUGACAGAUAAUAAUAAGGCCUCGAUAAAUUUUCAAAAAAAAUCGGAUGCAACUAUAUCGAUUGAGGAAUGCAUCAGACAUCAUAUACUUGUACACACUUUAGUGAAGAAAGUAGGAGCGCUAUUUAUCUGGACAGUCAUGGUCCUUUUCUUUUUCAGUUUAAUUAUUCUUUGCACCAGCAUUUUCUUGAUAUCAAAGACAAAACUCUUCAGCAUUCAGUUUCUUUCUUUAACACUAUAUUUUAGUAGUAUGAUGCUGCAAAUAUUUUUUUACUGUUGGUAUGGAAACGAGCUCGAAUUGAAGAGCAAAAGUAUCGCUAAUAGUAUUUAUUUGAGUAAUUGGACAUUAACCACGUUGCAUGAGCGCAAGUCCCUGAUACUUAUUAUGAUAAAUAGUCAGAAAGGAUUAACAUUUUCGAAUAACAAAAUAUUUGCAUUAUCUCUAGACACUUUUACUUGGAUUUUUAAGACGUCUUACUCAGCUUUUAAUAUCCUGCAGCAAGUGUCAAAUUAAUUAACAGAUAUA